AUGUUGUUGGAGAUGGUGGUUCCUGAUUAUAUAACUCUAAAUGGUUUGAUUUGUUCUUGUGCUCGGUUUUAUGAUGCUGAGAUGGGAAUUCAGUUGCACUAUUUUACAGUGAAAGUUGGAUUUGAUUUGGAUUGUUUUGUUGGCUGUGCUCUUGUUGAUUUAUAUGCGAAAUGUGUUUUGUUGAAAAUGCUAGGAGGGUGUUUUGCGUUGCUCCUUUUAGAGGUUUGGUUACGUGGAAUCUCUAACUUAAACAUGAAAGUAACCGCUGGCAAACUUCUAAAAGUUCUUAUGCCACAUAUUGACGCAAAGACUGUCUCUACUCAUGCUUUGCCUGCAUUAGUUACUCUCGGAUCUGAACAAGACCUUGAUGUGAAGUGUGCUAGCAUUGAUGCAUUUGGUGCCGUUGCUCAACAUUUCAAGAAUGAAAUGAUAGUUGACAAGAUACGUGUUCAAAUGGGUGCUUUUAUUGAAGAUGGAUCCCAUGAAGCUACUAUUGUUGUCAUUCAUGCGUUAGUAGUUGCAGUACCUCAUACAACAGAAUCACUUAGAGAUUAUCUUUUGUCCAAGAUUGCUCAACUUACAACCGCGCCAGUUACUGCUUCAACUAAUUUGAAGUGCAGGAACCCUGCUGCACCACACCACAGAAGCAAACCACACAGUAACAGUACUGAGAGUUUUGCUCAGUAG